CAUGGUCAGCCUGUUGAGUUCACAAGCUCCUUUUUUGUUCUUUUUACUUUUUAUUUCUGCUGUCCCUCACAGAGCUACUCGAGGUUGGAGCAGAUGGAAAGGUUGUAGCGAGGGGGAAAAUAAGUCAGGAAGGAAUAGGAGGACACCAUGCAGAGGGUGAAGCAGUCCAGCCGCGAUGCUUGAUGAGCUCCAUCAGUGACCAGCAGAAACUCUUUCUUUUACUUUGACUGAUCCCAGGAGGAACAAAAGAACCAGACCAGGCAGCCUUGAGGAAGUUAUCCUGAAGAGAAGCUCAGGACGUCAAGAGAAACGCACUCAACUCUGAUGUUUGUUAAAGAUAAGGAGAUGCUGAGAGGGACAAAAUAGCAAAGGAAUCAGUUAAAAUCAAUAAAAAAGGUGUGCCCAAAAAGACUGUUCCAAGUGGGGGCAACACUUUUACCGAAAUUAAACAAGAUAAAGAGUCAGAUCAGGAAAAGAGGUAAAUAAUAAAAUGGCCAACUCAGGUCUUCAGUUGUUGGGUUACUUUCUGGCAUUAGGAGGCUGGAUUGGGAUCAUCUCCACCACAGUCUUGCCUCAGUGGAAGCAGUCGUCCUAUGCCGGGGAUGCCAUCAUCACAGCUGUGGGACUGUACGAGGGGCUGUGGAUGAGCUGUGCCUCGCAGAGCACAGGGCAGGUGCAGUGCAAGAUCUUCGACUCCAUGCUCUCGCUGGACUACCACAUCCAAACGUGUCGGGCUCUCAUGGUGGUGUCGGUGCUGCUGGGCUUCAUCGGCAUCAUCGUCAGUGUUGUGGGGAUGAAGUGCACCAAGGUGGGAGACAACAACCCGUCCACCAAGACCCGCAUCGCUGUGACUGGAGGGGCGCUUUUCCUUCUUGCAGGUCUUUGCACGCUGGUGUCUGUGUCCUGGUAUGCCACUCAGGUGUCCUAUCAGUUCUUCAACCCAAACACGCCACUCAACGCUAAGUAUGAGUUUGGCUCGGCCUUGUUUGUGGGAUGGGCAGCUGCCAGUCUGACCGUCCUGGGCGGCUCCUUGCUGUGCUGCUCCUGCUCCAAAGAGGACAUACGAGGGCAGCAAUACUACCGCCAAUCACAGCCUUCCACAGCCAGGGAAGCUUCACUUGGAGACACAACCUGAACUGCAGGAGUGGAGGGCAGAGUUGUUGAGUGAAACUAGUUUCCCUGACUGAUCAGCCCCUGCUUUUUAUCGAGGAUUGUUCAACUGUCCAUCCACUGACUUCCCCUUUUUUUUAAUUCAAAUUUUGGACUUCCUUGUAUUGCAGUCUUUUUCAAUAUCACCCACCAAAAUUCCAGUAGGACCCAAGGUGUACUGUGUUCCCAAUUUCCCCACCAUCUGAACCUUUUCUGUAAACAGACUUUAUAAGAAAUCUUAUUUUUUUUUCAAGUUAGCAUUAAGGCAACAUAAUUUGGACCCUACCCUACAACUUCUGGCUGUGAUAUAUGUGUCCUUUGGUUUAUUUUGACUGCUGUGACUGUACUCUGACUGAAAUAUCUUUUUUUUUCCCUUUUGAAUUGCAGACCAAAUGUAAAAAGUACCCCACCAGAGAAAAGGGAGCAGUACUUGUAGUUUGGGAGAGUCUUCUGGCCUUACCAUGGUUUAGGUUUCUGUCAACAGACAAAACCCUCUCACUGAGGAAUUCAAAACAGACAAGAAUGUGUUUCUUAGUAGUUUUCUUGGGUGUUGAAGAGUGUUUGGGGGUUAAAAGAAAUAAUCUCCUUGUCUGUGUUGUUGACUUUUGGUGAGACAGUCAUUCAGGGUAUGUUUUCUAUAACAUGUUAAAAUUCCUGGGUGUAAAUACCACCUUUCCUGUUCUUUUUUUAUGUACUACAAGCAUAAUGUUUUACUACAGUGCCUUAUAACACGUAUCUGUGUAUAUGUACAUACGUAUCUGACCACAUCCCCUGUGAGGAUGUGUCCACAGCACCUCUGCCAGCAGUUCCAUGUGCCUUUUCCAAGUUUGGAUUCCUGGAAAGGAAUAUGAUGCUGCCGUACCACUUCUGAAACAACAAACACAUCAUGUCUGUAAAUGCCACUGUCUGUCAGAAGCUCUGUGCCUGUUUGCGUGUAGCCUUGAUUGAGGAAAUGUUCUUUUUCUUUAAGUGCAAACAUGACGUUGUGUGACAGAGUCCUUGUAGCUUUGACUCUGAAGGAUGUACUGUUCUGCGUCUUCUGUACUAAGAAACCCCUGUUUGUUGCAAUUAUCUACCAAUCCUCAGUCUAAUUACGACCUCCUCCUUGUUGUGUAUUAUCUCAUUUACCGCGUACCCUCCUGUAUUUCUUUUAGAAUGAAGUAAACAGAGACAUGAAAAUGCA